AUGAACGGUAAGGAAUGUGCCGAUGGUUUUGGAGUCCUAACAGAAAUGUGCUCCAGAUUCGUGGAUUUCCCUAGUGUUCACGACCAUUACAAGAUGAAAAGUGGAAAUCAAAAUGGCGUCAUUUACACAGAAGUUGUUGUUAUUGGCAACGGACCCAGCGGCAUUGCCCUCUCCUACAUGCUCUCCGGUCACGUCCCGUACCUCAUCUCCGAUGACCACCCGGACGAGAUGCUGGCGGCGCGGCUGCGCCCCCUGGUGGGCGAGUGUCUGCUGGGGCAAGACCUCGGGCAGCUGUCCGACGGCCUCGAGGGCCGCACGACGAACCAGAUGUCGCUGCUGCUGGACGCGCUGCUGCAUCCGUGCGCCGACGUCGGGCUGGAGUUGGAGCCGCUGGUCGAGUUCAGGCGGACGGGGAUCAAGUUUGACCACAUUGUGUUAGGAAAAGGACCUCCUGGCGGUUCUUGGCACCACAUGGACCCCCAAAUUCUGACUCUAUCUCUGGGAAGUUGGAUGUCUCUACCUGGUCUACCACUCAUCACCAGAGAUUCCAGAGAGAAAAGAGCAUAUGCUUCAAAUGUGGCAAAGUAUUAUGUCCAGUAUACCGAGCAAAUGGAUCUGGCAAAGCAUUUCAGGAACAACGUUUCAGUUCAUUUAGUGGAGAGAUUGGAUGACUCUUCUAGCCAAUUCCGCAACGAUCGCUGUGAAAGAAGCAUCCUUAAGAGAAACAAUUGGGUGAAGAAAGUCAACAAAGAAAUGAGAGAGGACGAAGAGGCUGGCAUUGAAUCGGAAAUGGAUAAGACCAGAAAUAGAAAAGACAAAACAUGUUUCAUUUCAAACGCCAUCAACUGCUUGAUGUUGAAGCACAGAAAGAAGUCGCGAUGUAAGAGGCCCAGAGACAGUAGCCCGAAAAGACAACUGGUCACCGUAGACCCUCAAUUGCCUAGUGACAAAAAACGUUCAAUAAGUUUAUGCUGUGAUUCUAGAAAUGUAUGUGAUAAGUACAAUGAUACCGUUAAUAUUUAUUCUCUGAGGAAUUCCUGUAGCCUAGACUUUAAUCCAGUGCCUUCGGCUUAUAAUUUAGAAUGUGAUCCGGAGGCCAACUGGCUGGUGACAGCGGUGGAUACGCAGACAGGAGAGAAAAUCGAUUAUUCCUGUAAAUACUUGGUGUUGGCAACCGGCGGCAAUGAUUUGCCGAAUAGAUUAGAGGUUUCAAAGGAAAAGGGAGAUCCAAACUGGUUGGUCUAUGAUUUGAGGAGCUUAGAGGAAAAAGUUGAUGCUCAUGUUGAAUGUCAUCAUAGCGAUGAAAUUGAUCCUGUUCUGGUAGUGGGUGCCGGUUUGAGUGCAGCAGACGCCAUCAUAGCAACUAGAGGAAGAAACAUUCCAGUUAUCCAUGUGUUCAGGAACAAGUCUCCUGAGCUCAAUAAACUCCUACCUGAGAAUUUGUAUCCGGAGUACCAUAAGGUUCACCAGAUGAUGACAGACGGAGGUUCCACUUACCCCUUGUACACAGCAUACCCGGAAUACAACCUCACAGAUUUGGACGAGGAUUCGCACACGGUGAUCCUAACCUCAAAAGAGGGAGUCGCAAUCAAAUUCAACAUCUCCUAUGCCGUGGUGCUCAUCGGAUCGAGGCCGGACCUGUCAUUCCUCUCCGACGGGGCUCAAAUUGGCGUCCGCAAGGAUUUGCCCGUAGAUUGCAAAACCAAUACGGUGGAUAUAGAUAGGUUAACUUAUGGUGUGAAUGGUUAUGGUAAUUUAUUUGUUCUUGGCCCUUUGGCGGGCGAUAAUUUUGUUAGGUUUUUGCCAGGUGGGGCUUUGGCGGUUAUCGAAGAAUUGUACAAAAGAAAUUCAUACAGUUGACCAAAUUGAACAUAAUGAUAUAGUUGUACUUGAGCUGGAGGAUAGUCAAAGUUGAAUUUUGUGUUUAUAAAUAAUUGUGAUAUUCUUAGAAACGAUUUUUUUACCUCUAAACAAUCAUACAUUUUAAAUUAAUUCAUAUAAAUUAUUCUAAUUUCCAUAACAAGUUGUAUUGUUGUAGCUUCAAGCUUAACAACACUGGCUGUGAAAAAAUAAUGAUUUUUGAAGAAAUCAUUAAAUGUGUUUAACCACAAGAAGUUGAGGCGGAUAAAAUGUUGAAAUAUCUUUCAGAAAAUUAAUUCGUUAUGUAUCAAGUAGGUACAUAGAAAUAAAAGAUGAAAAUAUGAAUGAUUCAAAUAAAAACUUGUAACUUGAAAAACUUCUUGUCUACACCAUCUUGUUACCAGUUCGUAAAUUACCACUAUUGGAUUGGUUUAUUCAAGGGACCUCGAAACUUGACAGAUGGAAAUCGGUUCUAAGAGUGUAGUGUUGGUGACUUGGAACUUGUAUAUCCGGAGAACAUAAUUCAAGGGGUGAUUCUUCUCAUGGAAUCAAUGCAACUGUUUCUAUAAUAUUUUCAUAAAAUCUCAAAAGUAUCAGGUCUCAAAGUUUGUUUCUCAAAAUCAAUAUUUCUCAUAAUUAUUGUUUUAAAGUAUACGGAUCUUCUUCUGGCACACUCAUCUAUUAUUUAUAAUGGUAUGUGUUUUUUUGUUCUUGAAUCUGAAGAGCCUUGAUCACCCUUGAACCAAAGAUGAUAAACCUUUGUUAUUGUUUUUACAAGAGCGAUUUUUAGACAAUUUGAAGAGGAUCGGUAAAAAGUAAUUUGAAUAAAACAAACUUGGAGGUCUUGAGACUAUUUUAUCAGAUCUCAAGAAAAUGUAGAAAGUAGCUGUUUCUUGGUUCGAUUUUACAAGUGAAGUCACUCCUCAAGUUAUUUGCUCAUAAUAUAUAAUUAAUUCCGAAAAGUAUAUAUUCUUGAGUAACAAACAACAACAAUGAAAUUUAUUAUGGAUAUGUUGAAUUGAAAAAUCAAUAAUUUCACAUAACAAAUAUUUGCUUUACCAGGUUAUUGGGAGUAAUAGAGGACAAUCAAGUCCCCCACAGGACAGAUAAUUAUCAAGUCGAGGAAAUCACCGCUUUUCCAUUAAUCUGUUAAUUUCAUCUAGGGAAUUUGAUUCCUUUAGGCACGACAUCUUUUAACUCCCAACUUUUCUUCUUCCUGAAAUAUCAGUUCUUGGUGUACUUAGGCAGAUAAAAAUAUUUGUGUUCUGGCCAUUUAAUGAAAAUAUAAAACCUAUAAUUUUGAUAAUAAAUGUCGAAAAUUGAGGUCCCCCUUUUGAAUCUGGAUCUUUUGUUAUGUUUCGACUGUGCUGUGAUUUAAAUCUGCGGUUUUUUAUUGUAUACUGGAGUGAUUUUGAAGUGUGUCAUGGAAAUUGAAGAAACGAAUUUAUUGAUUCGUUUGCGAGACUUUUUUGAUCAUAUAGUUUUUUUUCCUGGGCAUAGACUUCAAGUUGAAGCUGAAUGCUUCGUAUUUUGCUUUUUUUUUUCUUGAUUUCCAAUUGAGUGAGGGUAUCUUAGCUGUGUGUAUGAGUUGUAUUUCUUAUAUUACCAAAAAGGAGCAAGAAUAUUUUUAUGAAUCGUUUUCUUGUCAACCUGAACUGCACUUUCAUGAAUUUCUUCAAAACAUUAAUACAUAUUCUAUUUCAUUCCUGUCUUUUUCAAAAGCUAUAAUAUUACUUACUGACACACUGAUGAUGACUGUAUAGUCGAAAAUGCUCUGCUAGGAAUAUUGAAUAAAUAAUUUUGCACCUAAUACAACACUUUGUACAAUCAUUUGGAUUUCCAAUUGCUCUUCAUACUUAUUGAAUAGUUAAUAUUUUUCAAUUAUUUUUUAUUAUUUUCGAGUUUGUUGAAUAGGUGGUAGUGGUUUGUACUCACUAUAGAAAUAAUACUAAUAUUUUUAUUUAUAGACGGGUAAAGAAAACCCCAAAAAUCUAGAGAAAUGGAAGUGUAACAAGGCCCAUUGGCAUAAAUUGAAAUAAAUAAUUUUUUUAUA